UGCUUAUACACUUCACGCAAAAAUCCCCAUUUUUUGAAAUGGCAAGAUUAUGAUCGAUGAAGUUGCUGCUUCUUGCGCUGCUUGCUUUGGCAGAAGCUGAGCCAAACAUCAGUAAACAAAUUUCCAAGAGUCCUCAGCUCUAUCACAACAUCUCUAAGGCAGUACAAACUGGGUACUGCGAAAGUGGAUGGACUUACUACAACGAGACAGAUGCAUGCUAUAAGGAAUUUUUCUCGGAACCCUGGAGCAGUGCCGAGAGCUUAUGUGUUACUGUUGAAACGCAUUUGACAUCAAUACACAGCUACAAAGAAAAUUCAUUUAUAGCUGAGUUGACAAGGACUAACAUGAAACUUCCUGAUGAUACAUAUGCAACUUGGAUAGGUCUAGUACGAGCUGACUAUCUGAACAGUAACUGGGCAGCUAAAUGGAUGUGGACUGACGGCUCGAUGGUUGACUUUCAAACGUGGGGUCCGAAGCAACCAAAUGGAGGAGCGGAUCAACGCUGCGUUUUGAUAUUCUCCGAUCCUUAUACUAAUGAUCCUCCUGGUUUAUGGUAUCGAAAAUGGAACGAUUGGCACUGCGAUUCUAAUUUGAGAUCGUUUGUAUGUAAGAAAACGGCUUUGCACUGGAAGUGAGAUAAAAGUACAUUUGCUGUUUGUG